UUUAGAAAACAAAAUGUUAUAGUAGUGUCUGCAUCAAUGCAUGCAGAAGACCAUACGGUGGCAUUCAAAGAGUGCUUUUUUUUCUUCUAUUUUUAGAUGUGGAUACUGUACGCUUUGACAGCUACGUGCGGCAAGCCGAGCACAUUUGACGUGAACUCCUUUUAGCAAUACCAAAAAUGGCGCUUCAGAUUAGGCGAGAUUAUGGAACUACGAUUAGUUCAUGACGACGAAUUUGACCCCCCAACUUUUGUACUGGAGUUGUUGAUGACCAAGGGAAACCAUCAACUCCACCAAUGGCGGCACCAACGGUGGUGCUCAUCCCGUUCUGCGUCACCGGCCACCUGACGUCCAUGCUCCAAGCCGGCAAGCGGAUGCUGAGCAGCGGCGGCGACGACCGCGCCAUGUCGCUCACCGUGCUCCUCGCGCCGCUGCCGAUGGCCAGGUUCGCGCACAUCGUAGAGCGGGAGGCCACCUCGGGCUCUGGGUUCGACAUCCGCUUCCACCGCCUCCCUUACGUGGAGCUCCCCGCCUUCACCAGCCCGGAGGACAUGAUCUCCAGCUUCAUUCAGCUGCACGCAUCCAACGCUAAGGCGGCCAUCGCCGGCCUGGGAUGCCCCGUCGCCGCCGUCGUCAUGGACUACUUCUGCACCACGCUGUUCGACGUCACCCACGAGCUAGCACUGCCGGUGUACGUGUACUUCACGUCCCCGGCCUCCAUGCUCGCGCUCAUGCUGCGGCUGCCGGCGCUGGACCAGGAAGUGGCGGGGGAUUUUGGGGAGGCGGGAGCGGCGUUCGACGUGCCUGGUAUGCCGCCGGUGCCAGCGGCUUUCCUGCCGAAUGCCGUGAUGAAGAGGGAUUCGGCCUACAGGUGGAGCAUGUACCACGCCAACCGGUUCAUGGAGGCCGCCGGCAUCAUCGUCAACACGGUGGCGGAGGUCGAGCCGGAAUCCCUCGCGGCCAUCGCUGGCGGCCGGUGCAUGCCCGGCGGGCGCCGCGUCCCGACCAUCUACCCGAUCGGUCCCGUGAUCGCCUUCGAUCCGCCUGCCGAGCAGCCGCACGACGAGUGCCUGCGCUGGCUGGACGCGCAGCCGCGUUCGUCCGUGGUCCUGCUCUGCUUCGGGAGCAUGGGCAACCUGACCCUGCCGCAGGUGCAGGAGAUAGCGGAGGGCCUGCAACGCAGCGAGCACCGGUUCCUGUGGGUGCUCCGUGGCCCGCCGCCAGCCGGGUCGCCGUACCCGACGGACGCCAACGUGGAGGAGCUCGUCCCGGGAGGCUUCUUGGAGAGGACCAAGGAGAGGGGCCUCGUGUGGCCGAGAUGGGCGCCGCAGAAGGAGAUCCUGUCGCACCCGUCCAUCGGGGGCUUCGUGUCGCACGGCGGGUGGAACUCGACGCUGGAGAGCCUGUGGCACGGCGUGCCGCUGGUGACUUGGCCGCUGUACGCGGAGCAGCACAUGAACGCGUUCGUGCUUGUGGCGGCCCUGGGCGUCGCCGUGGCGAUGGAGGUGGACAGGAAGCGGGGCAACUUCGUGGAGGCCGCGGAGCUGGAGCGCGCGGUGCGGACGCUGAUGGGAGGGUCGGAGGAGGGGAGGGAGGCGAGAGCCAAGGCCGCGGAGGCCAAGGCCGCGUGCCGGAACGCGGUAGAGGAGGGCGGGUCGUCGUGUGCCGCGUUGCAGAGGCUGAUGCGUGAGAUUUCGGGACACGGAGGGGCGUGAACCGUGAAGGCUUCCUACGAGCAUGUUCCGUGUGAUCUCUGCUUGUGCCGUUGUGGAUAUGUACCAAUACUAGAGAAUUUUGUAUGGGACGAUGCUAGCGCCCGGACGUCCGGAUGUACACGCGCGUCCGAACGCCUGUGCACUCUGUGUGCUGCUGCGUCGCCACGUGCAACUACGCUCCGCGCGUGAUGCUGCUGCACGAGUGCACCUGCUGUCUCGAUCUGCUGCUGCACUUGCUGUGCUGCGCCUGCCCUUGUGUGCAUGUGGAGGGAGCGCUGCUACGUGCUUGGUACUUCACAUCUGGACAUGCAUAAGCAUAUGCAUGGGGCCCUUCGAGCUGCAUUCGAGAGAGAGAGAGAGAGAGAGAGAGAGAGUAUGGGAGGCUGGAACCACAGUGUACUGGCGUUGACCCUGGCUGCAUGCUCCAUCACCAUAGGGCACCCGUGCAUGCACUUUUGACCAGGGAAACACACAUGCAACAGAUAAGGAGCGGCUAUUUUGUGAGCUCUCAUAUCUCAAUUUGUUACAAUAAUUUUUUUUGAUGUUGUAGCAAAUAAUUUCGGAUAUUGCAAUGUGAUUUUUUGAGUCA